UGAAGAAAAACAAGCCCUUGAGUACAUAGACGAGUAUGGAGUCCAUCUCGAUGAAAGCUAAAAGAUCACGAUUCAGGUGAAAAUGCGCAAAAAAGUCGGGGAAGUGACGGGGCCUGCCUGCUCGAGUGGCUUCGCUCCACUUUACACCCCCCAGAAGCCACCCCCAGUGACUCGGAAGACAAGGGAGCACUCAAUAACCUGUCUGAAAUGCAAGCGGACGUUCGCUUUGCUGCGGCACUACAGGAAGCACAUGCAAGGCCACGAGAAGAACGACUGCAAGCUGUGCGACGAGCUGUUCACCUCCCAGAAGAAGCUCAAGGUGCAUAUGAGGGAAAAGCACAACCAGCGCCUGCUCGACUACUCGCACAAGUGCAAGUUCUGCGACAAGACCUUUACUCGUAGACAGAGCUUGUACAAGCACCUCCAGCUACAUGCCAAAGAGAAGCAGGUCUGCAACUUCUGCGGCGAGUUCUGCAACUCCAAAGAGGACCUUGAGUCGCACGUAGAGCAAGCGCAUGAGGAGAGCCAGAUGAUGUGUUGCGCACUGUGCCACCAAACCUUCUCCAGAAAACAGCAGUAUAAUGCACACCUACAGAGUCAUGAAAAGUACCAGUGCCUAACGUGCAAGCAGGGGUUCUCCGCCUGGAAAGUUUUACUCGAGCACCAGCAAAAUGGCCAUCAAGUCUGCACAGAAAAGCCUAAGCAUAAAUGUGAUACCUGCAAUAAAAAGUUCAUCAGAGUUUCUGCCUUAGAACAGCACCGUAGAAAGCAUUUAGUGGAAAAGAAGCAGAAAUGCAAGCCUUGCAACGCUUCAUUUUCGACAGGAAGUGCUUACGAAAACCACCUACAGUCGAAAAACCACAAAUUGAUGCUAGCUUCUGAAAACGACCCUGCGCAACUCGAAUUUCAAUGUGAUAAUUGCAAAAAAUACUUUGUCAGUAAAAAAGCAGCCUCCUCGCACUUCGACAGGACGCACCACAACAGAGACUACGAAUGUAAUAUUUGCCAGUACAGGACAAGGUUCAAAACCAAUCUGGCGCGGCACGUCAAACUCCACUUCAAUGAUAGAUCUUUCGUAUGCGAACUGUGCGGCUCGGCAUUCUACAAUCUAUCCGCCCUCAAGGACCACCACACCUUCCUCCACUCUGAAAACAGAGACCACGUUUGCAGCCAGUGUUCGAAAUCGUUCAAGCGCCCCUCAGAGCUGACGCGCCACAUGAAGAGCCACUCGGAUAACCGACCCUACACCUGCAAUUCUUGCGAAAAUAAGUCGUUCAAGCGCAGCUCGCACCUCAAACGCCACAGGGAAAAGUGUCACAAUGACCAGACUGCGGGGCGCAUUGUGGACCGAUACAUCAAAGAUGAGAGUGGGCAGUUGGUGCUGAAGCCUGUAGAGCGUAAAAAGGCGAAAAAGAAGCCAAAGCAGAAAGCGCCCCAGGAGCAGGAGGAAGCAGAACAUGCAAAAAUCGAGGACGACCACUUGACUCUUGCGCCAAUGUUGGCCGAUGCCAACAACCACUAUUAUAUGAGUGUGUCCACCGAUAGUGGGCAAGACCUGGUUUACAUCUCCCAUCAGCAGCUGAGCCUGCAAGAGAACGACCAGCCGAUCGACCUGGAAAUGCCAAAGAAUUACACGUGCACAAGCGGCGACGCCUCCUUGGAUUUGGCCAAGCCUCGACACCACUUCCAGGUGUCGGAAAUCAGCAGUUUGUUGGAUUCGGAUGUUCGACUUCACGAGUCUGUCGUGGAGGAGUUUGUGCAGCGGCAACAGUCGAGGGAGUCGCCUGUGUACCUGGCCGACCUGAGCAGGUACGCCGACCCGCAAAUGCUGCUGCUGCCCGACUUUGGCAGGCACCAGAUAAAUGACAUGCUGCUCACCCGAGAUGAUCAAAACCUCUCAAUGCCUGCCGACCUGACUGCGGAAGACCUGAGACACCUGCAGCAGAACCACUUUGCUCUAUAAGCUCAAUCUCGCAUUGCUAUCGUUUGUAAAAUAAAACUACUGGAUAGUUUAAAAA